CGCUAGGUCUAAGCUUCCAGAAGUGGGCCGAAGUGACUCUCUUUAGCUGUGACGGCGCAUUGGAAAAACUCCAAAGAAUACUCACAACAUUUAACCAGUUGGAGAGUCCCAGAAUCAUUGUGGUUCUCUGUUCUUUGGUAAAGACCAAGUACUUAUUUCAAAAGAUUCGUGACGAAUAUCUAGAGUCAGCUGUAACUUGGUGGCUCGUAGUAUUACAAACGGACACUGUGAGUGACAUUUUGGCUAAAAUUAGGGAAGGAACCAAGGUAACAUUUGCUGUAAGGAACAAUACCGACGAAUACUUGUACCUGUUGAAGACAUCUUACGUCAACAUCACCAACUCGGUGGAUCUUCAAGAGAUCGGUUGGUGGGCCUGGGACCAGACGUCUGGGGCAGAGAGCUCGUUGAGAGCUCCUCUGUACUCUCCAAUCAAAGACGCCUACCGCAACUUUGGGGGAAGGAAGCUGAGAGCCACAGUAAUUGCCAAUUGGCCCUAUUGGGUUUUGAGAUACUCGGAAGAUGGGCAGGUUGAACCAACUUCGGGAAUAGACUACAACGUGCUCAGUACUCUCGGGAAGAAGUUUAAUUUCACAUUUGAAGUAUCUUUGACCCCUGAUAAACUUUGGGGUGGCGUCCUGAAUGAUGGGCGAGUAACUGGGAUGGUUGGGGCAGUUCAUCGCUAUGAAGUUCACCUAGCUAUCAAUGAAUUAACGAUCACAGCUCCUAGGGAGAAAGCAGUGGAUUUUACAAUCCCAUAUUUCUUGGAAUCUACAACAAUCAUUUCCCCAUCGCCUACAAAAAUUCUCAGUCCAAAAUCUGUAUUAGAACCAUUUAGAGCCGAGGUGUGGCUUCUGCUCUCCUUGAUUACUCUGGCCAUGGGACCAACUGUGAAAUUCUUUAUAUGGAUGAGGAAAUAUUUCCUGAACGAGAACACAGAGGAGGACCUUUCGCUUAACGACCUGACCUUUGGCAUGUUCAGGCCGAUGGUCGUGCAGGGUUGUAUGAUCCUGCCACUGACCUGGUGUCUCCGAUGCAUUUUUGUCAGCUGGUUCGUCUUCAACACCUACGUUUUUGCUUUAUACUCAGGCACCUUAACAUCAGUAUUGUCAGUGCCAUCUUAUGAGAAACCCAUCGACUCCUUACACGAUCUCUUGGAUGCUAUUAGACAUCGAAGGACACAAAUGCUUACUGUGUGUGGAUCAAACAAUGAAUUCCUUUUCAGUAUGACAACACAGAAAAUCUACGUUGACAUCUGGGCACUAUUUGAUUAUAGCACUGGUUGUGUCAAGACUUGGGAUGAAGGUGUAGAUAAGGUCAUUACAGGAAAAUAUGCAUACAUCAACAACCACAUGGGAGGGCAAGUGCGUGCCAAUCUACGAGGAAAAAGAAAGUUCUACUUUGCCAAGAAUGAAUUUAAUGCUCAUGGAUAUGCCAUUGCCUGUCCCAGUGGUUCUCCUUACAGGGAAGCCUUAGGGGAUGUAUUAAUUUGGUUGAUGUCAACUGGACUAAUACAGAAAUUCUCCAAUGAUGAGCUUUUGAAAGCCCAGAAGCCUGAUGUCAUUGAUAGUAGCAGUCCUGAGCCUUUCACAGUGUUGCAGUUGCAAGCUGGUUUUUAUCUGCUUACAACAGGUGAGGAAACGUACUAAGGCUUGCCGCAAGGGUUUACUCUUCACUGAAAAGUGAAAGUUAGAGCAUGACAGUCCAAGAAGUUGGAGAGCUAGGUGGGAACACAUCUAAGGAAAUGCAUGACAACUGUAAUAUGGCAAUUUCAUCUGGAGGCUGAAGGGAAGCUGCGAACCUGUACUGUUGUCUGCAGUGCACAAUGGCAUGAUAUAUAGUUGGUACUCUUAGGCUAAAUAAAGCUCCUUUAUAUGUGACAGCUUUUGUCUGUAUAUUUAAAAUCCAGUCCUGCAAGUUCCACUUUUUAACUGUGUUCUCUGUUUCACUUAAUAAAUAACUUUGGUAUCUUCACCACAUUUUCCUGAUAAAGAAACAUACAGUAAAGUAUAUCACUUGUCCAAGACAUGGAAAUUAAAAAAAAGAUCUCUUUAAAAACUUAACUUGUUGCUCAUCAUUAACUUAUAAUAGUCAAGUGUGAUGAAUAAUAAAAAGUAUAUUUUAAUAUCCUUUUUUUUUGACUGAUGAUAAGCUAAAAUGGUUACGUACAUAUUUGAUAUGCUAGUACAAUACUAAUCACAUUAUAUUUGUGACUACUACCACCUUAUGGGUUUCUCAAAAUAUUUUAUUUUCCUAAAAUAUAUUUGCAUUAUUUAUUAAUACUAGUCAUUGCAAUGUUGAUUCAGAUAAGUUUGCUGGCUUUGGACAAACAGCAUAGUGAGUGACAGUACUUGUAAACUUCUAGCUGCAUUGUUAUCUCAACUUGAAGGUGUCCUAAUUGCUUCUCUUUAUGAGAAUUUCAAUGGUAUCUAUAUAAUGAAAAAAUUACCAACACAUUGUGGGAUUAAUUUGCAUCAUUGUUUUGUUCCUAUUUUUGAUGUUAUUUGCAUCUUUAUCUAUGACAAAUGUGGUUUGUGAUAAUCAUAAAAGUGAA